AUGGAUUCCUUUGUCCCUACCAGCAGCGCCAUCUCGCCGUUUUCGCCAUCCGCUCCCUCCCCUCUCACCAUCACCAUCUUCACAACCACCACCACCACCACCAGCGCAAUGGAUCGACGACACGAUGAAUCCUAUCCUCUGCGCUCCUACGAGCAUCUGGACGACUAUGCACAAGAACUCAAUUCUCCCACGUAUCACAACAGCGGUGACCCUGUUUUCUAUCCUCCACCAUCGCAUGAUGCUCUUCCCACCGCGUCCAGCUCGUCCUGGCAAUCUGGAUUCCAUCAACAAGAUCUCCAGGAAACGCCCAUCCAGCCCAACUCCAACAGCGCCUCUUCCUGGCACCGCCGCCAGGCUGGAGGCCUGCGCCGCUAUCCAACUCGCAGAAUUAAACUGGCAAAGAGGGCCGUCUUGAGCGUUGACCAUGCAGUUCCAAGCGCGAUCAUCAACUCCGUUGAGCCGCAGUAUCGAGAUUCGGGAGAGAGUCCUAAUGAAUUCACCCAUCUGAGAUAUACGGCUGCGACAUGCGACCCCGACGACUUCACGCUACGCAAUGGCUACAACCUCCGUGCGUCCAUGUACAAUCGGUACACCGAGCUCCUAAUCGCCAUCACAUACUACAACGAAGACAGGAUCCUCACAGCCCGGACUCUCCACGGCGUCAUGCAAAAUGUCCGCGAUAUUGUCAACUUAAAGAGAACACAGUUCUGGAACAAAGGAGGCCCCGCGUGGCAGAAGAUCGUGGUCUGUCUGGUCUUUGACGGGAUGGAUCCGUGCGAUAAAGAGACUCUCGAUCUGCUGGCCACGGUGGGGAUAUACCAGGAUGGGAUUAUGAAGCACGAUGUUGACGGGAAAGAAACUGAAGCACAUAUUUUUGAAUACACCACGCAAUUAUCGAUCACGCCCUCGUUGCAGUUGGUCCGCCCUCAAAGCGGGGACCCUUUGAACCUCCCGCCGGUCCAGAUGAUAUUCUGCCUGAAACAGAAAAACAGCAAGAAAAUCAACUCCCACCGUUGGCUGUUCAAUGCCUUUGGACGUAUCCUGAACCCAGAGGUAUGUAUCCUGAUCGACGCGGGCACGAAACCAGGCCAUAAAUCCCUCCUCGCUCUCUGGGAAGCAUUCUAUAAUAACAAGAACCUCGGCGGGGCUUGCGGCGAAAUUCAUGCUCUACUUGGUCCACGCUGGGAAAAGCUCGUGAAUCCACUCGUCGCUGCUCAGAAUUUUGAGUACAAGAUCUCUAAUAUUCUUGAUAAGCCGCUCGAGAGUAGCUUUGGCUACGUGAGUGUCUUACCUGGUGCCUUUUCUGCAUACCGCUACCGGGCCAUCAUGGGUCGGCCGUUAGAGCAAUACUUUCACGGUGACCAUACACUGUCGAAGAGAUUAGGGAAGAAGGGAAUCGAGGGCAUGAAUAUCUUCAAGAAGAAUAUGUUCCUGGCUGAGGACCGCAUUUUGUGCUUUGAACUUGUCGCAAAGGCAGGCCAGAAGUGGACAUUGACUUACGUUAAAACAUCCAAGGGGGAGACUGACGUUCCAGAAGCACCACCGGAGUUCCUCAGUCAGCGACGGCGAUGGCUCAAUGGGUCGUUUGCUGCGAGUUUGUACUCGGUCAUGCACUUUGCGCGUAUCUACGGAAGUGGCCAUAGUUUGGUCCGGUUGUUCUUUUUGCAUGUGCAGCUGAUCUAUAACGUCUGUCAGCUCAUCAUGACAUGGUUUUCUCUGGCAUCGUACUGGCUCACCACUUCGGUCAUCAUGGACAUCGUCGGCACACCGAGCGCAACUAACAAGAAUAAAGGCUGGCCGUUUGGUAACGACGCUACGCCCAUCGUCAACAACGUUAUUAAAAUCCUUUACCUAGUGUUUCUCAUGCACCAAUUCUUCCUCGCCCUCGGAAACAGACCAAAGGGCGCACAAGUCCCCUACAUCCUCUCCUUCCUCUACUUCGCCCUCGUGCAGAUGUACAUCCUCAUCCUCUCCUUUUACCUCGUCGCCCAAGCCUUUACCGGUGGUAAUAUAGACCUCAACUUCGACGACGGUGCCGGCGGCUUCGUCGCCUCCUUCUUCACCUCGACCACCGGCCUCGUCCUUAUCGCCCUCGUCUCCACCUACGGUACCUAUCUAAUCGGCAGCGUCCUCUACUUAGACCCGUGGCACCUCAUCACCUCCUCAUGGGCCUACUUCCUCGGCAUGCCUUCCACAAUCAACGUCCUCAACGUCUACGCCUUCUGCAACUGGCACGACGUCUCCUGGGGCACCAAGGGCUCCGACAACGCCGCAGCGUCGCUACCGUCCGCCCAAACGAAGCUCGCUGAUGGUGCAAAGAGCACAUUUGUCGAGGAACUUGAUAAGCCACAGGCUGAUAUCGAUAUUGAGUUCGAACUUACGGUCCGUCGAGCGCUCGCCGAGUACAAGGAGCCAGAACCCGAUAAGACGGUUAGCCUGGACGAUUCAUAUAAGACGUUCCGCACGAACUUGGUGCUCUGCUGGGCGUUGAGUAAUUCGUUGCUUGCCCUACUGAUUAAUAAUGCUGGUGUGAGGACUUUGUGUCUGACUACUACAUCCACAGACCGCACAGCUUGGUACUUCAAGUGCCUAUUAUGGGCGACUUCGACCUUGUCCAUUUUCCGCUUCAUGGGGGCGCUGUGGUUCCUGGGGAAGACGGGCGUGUUUUCUUGUUUUAAGCGGCGGUGA